GUUUUUUUCUGUUACAUGUAAUACAUGUGAUUGUACCUACUAGGCUACAUACCUUAUCUAUUUAUUCUGUUGUUAAGAAUGUGCUUGAUGUUAACGGAAAAUCAGGGCUGAUUAAUACAGUUUAUCACAAUUAUAUUGCUUUGCACCGAAUCUGUUGGACAGCCGUUCAGUGGCAAAAUGUCGUGUUUGUGUUUUAGUUUAUUGAUCCUCUGUUCAAUUGUACAUGUUAACCACCGCCACAGAGAGCAAUAUAUAGCCUAGGUAAAGUUGACAAGGUUGAGUUUCUUGAAAUCUUAAGUUUCCUGAAAAAGUUUAAAAAAAUAGUUAGGUUACUUUAAUUCCUAAAGAACCGAGCGCCAGAAGGAAUUACUAUUGUCCAACUUGAAAUUGUAGUUUUGUUGUUGUUGUUGUUGUUGUUGAUACCCAGAGUCCGGGUUGUUGUUGUUGAUACGGUUUGUCUGAGUACUAUUGGGAUAUUGCCAUUAUUCAAUCAAUUUUUUUUUUUUUACAUAACCUUAAACUAAGCCACGGUUUCAGCCGUUUUAUUCAAACAUAAUACGAAUGUCCAUAUUAGUCAUAUAAUGCCCUUAUUAAUUCUGGAUGCAAUAAUAGUGUGCACAAUGUGUUUACCUAACACAAUCUAUUCACCAGAAGCAAUUACUGUUUUAAAGGUAGAUAGCACUUAUCUCUCGAAAGUGCACUUUCAGAGCAAUUUGUAUUUUCAUUAAAACGUGGAAACGAAUCGUACACGUGGAACUGUGCUAUCAGUGGAUGAUCUCUGCAUCGUUGACUUCCAUCCAUUAACGGAUUGCCGACCUUUUUCAUCUUAAAUAUAUUUUAAAUAACUCAGCUUCUGGAAACAGGAAAGGAAAAUAAGUUGAAGAUUGUUUUCCGUUUGUCAACUUAUGUAAGCACAUAACCAACAAUUGACCACAAUAAAUGUAUCUAGCUAAAUUAGGAACACAAAUGGGGUAAAGAUCUCAAGUAUUAUUUGCCUCAUUUUAUGUAUACAUAGCAUAGGCCUAUAUAAUUUAAGUUUACUAACUGCACCAAAACAGCAGAAUCUGUAAACUAGUUUUGGUUCAAAAUGGGACUAAAGUCUGACACAAUGGCAGGUUGUUUACGGAGCAGUGUGGUACCAAUGGUACAGUCCAUUACGUCUCCUAUACAAUCACUCUGACUCCCCCUUUUGUGACGGCAGUAAUUGGUUGCUUCCGCUAGCAUGUUACCCUAUAGAAAGAGGCCGCUGUAUGUUACUGCAUUGGCCUGUUGUAUGUGGUUCCAUCCGUAAGUACGCCAUUUGCUAGAUAUGUUCAGUGCUUUGGGGCUAAUGAAGUGUUAAAUUCCCACUUACAACCGACGGUCUCGCAUUUCCAUGUCAUGGUGGAUGGUUACUUGGGCAAACAAUUCAGUGAUGGAAUCCACGGCUGUGAGCACCUCCACUCUGGCCCCUGAUGAGUUUGACAGGAAUGUGCCGCGCAUCUGCGGUGUGUGUGGAGACAAGGCCACAGGCUUCCACUUCAACGCCAUGACCUGUGAGGGCUGCAAGGGCUUCUUCAGGCGCAGCAUGAAGCGCAAGGCCUCCUUCACCUGUCCCUUCAGCGGGAGUUGCACCAUCACCAAGGACAACCGGCGCCACUGCCAGGCCUGCCGACUGAAGCGCUGCGUGGACAUCGGCAUGAUGAAGGAGUUUAUCCUGACGGACGAGGAGGUGCAGAGGAAGAAGGACCUGAUCCAGCGCCGCAAGGACGAAGAGGCGCAGCGCGAGGCCCAGAGGGAGGCGCGCAAGCCCCGCCUGACGGACGGCCAGACCCUGGUCAUCUCCACGCUGGUGGAGGCGCACCACAAGACCUUCGACGACUCCUACUCAGACUUCUCCCGCUUCAGGCCUCCAGUGCGCGAGGGCCCGGUGACUCGUAGCGCCAGCAGGGCUGCUUCCCUCCACUCUCUGUCUGAUGCCUCCUCUGACUCCUUCAGCCACUCUCCAGAAUCAGUGGACGCCAAGCCGGUGAACUUCAAUAACCUGAUGAUGAUGUACCAGGAGCAGGGAGGCAGCCCAGACUCCAGCGAGGACGGCUCCCGCCUCUCCAUGCUGCCCCACCUGGCCGACCUCGUCUCCUACAGCAUCCAGAAGGUCAUUGGCUUUGCCAAGAUGAUCCCUGGCUUCAGGGAGCUGACCGCCGACGAUCAGAUCGCCCUGCUCAAGUCCAGCGCCAUCGAGGUGAUCAUGCUGCGCUCCAACCAGAGCUUCAGCCUGGAGGACAUGUCCUGGAGCUGCGGAGCGCCUGACUUUAAAUACCAGAUCAGCGAUGUUACCAAAGCCGGUCACACUCUUGAGCUGCUGGAGCCUCUGGUGAAGUUCCAGGUGGGCCUGAAGAAGCUGAACCUCCACGAGGAGGAACACGUGCUGCUCAUGGCCAUCUGCCUGCUCUCUCCAGACCGCCCCGGGGUCCAGGACCACGCCCGCAUCGAGGCCCUGCAGGACAACAUCUCGGAGACCCUGCAGGCCUACAUCCGCCUGAGCCACCCGGGUGGCCGGCUGCUGUACGCCAAGAUGAUCCAGAAGCUGGCGGACCUGCGCAGCCUGAACGAGGAGCACUCCAAGCAGUACCGCUCCCUGUCCUUCCAGCCCGAGCACAGCAUGCAGCUCACCCCCCUGGUGCUGGAGGUGUUCGGCAGCGAGGUCUCCUAGAGCUGUCCUCCUCAGAGAGGAGCCCCCCCCGCCCCCCCCCGUCCCACUCCGUGAGGUCAGGGGGAGGCGGGUAGAGAGAGGGGGUAGGAGGGAGGGCCAGGCAGGAGGGGUACAACGUGGGAGGGAGGAGGCAGAGAAGGCGCUGGAUGAAGUUGUGGUUUUUAAGGAGAAGUGUGUGUUUUGUGUCUAUCAGUAGGUCUGUAAGAAAGUCUGUGUGUGCGCUCGUGUAUUUAGUGGGAGUCGGUUGUGUGGUAUAACAGAAGUUUGUCCGAGUGGGACCUUGAUAUGGCCGAAGUGGUCCAGUGGGGAGUAGGCAAAGAUGAGGAGAGAGAGAGCUACAAGGAAACUCCACGUCUCUCUCACACACAUACACACACACACACACACACACACACGCACGCACGCACGCACGCGCGCGCGCGCACACACUAUACCUAGACAUCAAACUUCUGCCUAAAACAUAUUUGACGUAGUGUUUUUUUGUCUGUAUUUAAAUGAAACUGCUGCUUACCACACCUGGACAGUAUAUGUACACACAUCCACACAACAAGCAUACUCAAUUUUUUAAUUUAGCCAUUCAGUUUCAACUACCUCUUGGUUUUGCUUAGGGUUGUCUACAUGCACAUCGCCUAUGUAAAACAGUACAUUUCUUCCACACAAACAGUGACACACAUAAGGAAAUGCAGUCGAAUCUGUGUUGAAUGCCUGUACAUUAGUCUUGUCGACGACGCUGUGUACAUAUGACUCUGUAUGUGCUCGAAACAUGCGCCUCCCGUCGCCUCUCACCUUUCACCAGAGGUGCAGCCUGCUACAUUCUCAAAAAGCUUCCACAAUCUACAGAAACGACAACAUAAGGAACCGCACCAAGGCCUUCUCUCGCAUGCAGUCACACACUACAUGCUUUUUUUUAUUUUGCUGUUUCGACUUGCCUCAAAGGACUUAUGAAGGAAAGGAUGGGUGCACACCUGGGGGUUUUAACGACAGAGAGCAAAAUCUAGCCUUCUAAUUUAGCGGGGUUGUGCCGUGGUUUUUAUUUGGGAUGGGUGGUUUUGAGGUGAGAAUUAGCCACUAAAUGUGUUUUACACUGCUAACUGUCAAUCAAACCAGGCCUGCAUUCUGGCCGGUUUCUCGUCUCUUUUUUCAAAUCAAGAGUUUGCUGUAAAUAGUUAAAUUGCCUCACAUUGUAUUGUAUCCGUAAGCACUGUUAUUCAACCUUUUUUCUUUUGUAUUUGUAUAUGUUCUGUAAUAGAUUUUAAAGGGCUACAAUGCCAAAUCUAACUGGAACAGUAAAACAAGGCCAAAGCAAGCUAGCAACUGGCCUAACUUGUAUUAUAGAAGCAAACAUACCAUACCAGGAAUUGGCAUCGAUGCAGAUGUUUUAUUGCGAUGGAUGCUUUUUAUUAUCGACAAAAACUUCAAACCUUAAAACGAUUCCAUGAAUUGUUUCUCCUCUGUGUACAGUGAGCUGGGUGGCAGGAGAGCUCAAUAAGCUGCUUCAAACCUCCUCAGAUAUCACCCCUUUCGUUUCUGACUGGGAAGUGGAAUUUGUAGAAUGUCCGAGGGUCUGGCCUUCAGAGCGCGCCUCUGACGCCCAGGUCCUCCCGUUCGAUUAAGUAUGCUGCGCGGCCCCCUAGUGGCCGCACCCUGUAAAUACCAGGUGUAUAUUGUUUUUUUGUUUCUUUCUUGCGCAGCUGUACAUAGGGCUAGGUAGAUAUUACUAGAAGAGUAAAAAUGCAUUCUAUAUUUGCAAAUAUGAUAUUGUUGCUUUUCUUUUUUUGAUGACUGGUUUCUUCCUUCAAACACUUUGGUCUUUUGGACUUUAUUUGUUUUUUUGGAGUGAAUAAGCAAGGGGACAGAUUAUAAUCGUAAAGGACGUGUUUGUUUUUUUGACACAGUGGUUCAGGGGAGGUGGGGGGAGGGAGGACUGGUUUGGUUCUGUUCCAAGUUACACUUUUUAAGAUAAAUAGGAAGAAAAGAGUGCGCUGUGAAGGAUUACCAUGCAGUGCUGCUCACUAAUGUAAGCCAUAUAGAUCACCAAGCUAGUUAUACAACUCUUUAUAGAAGACGUAGAAUGAGGGAGAUUCCGAGCCUUGGAUAUGCUGUUAAUAUAACCUUGUAUACUUAUACCUUGCAUAUCCCUGGCUUCUCAUGAUUCUCUUUAAGCCCCGCUUGUAUAACCUAUACCGUACCCUGUAACCUGCUAUAAAAAUCCUCUUCCUCUUCAUCCUCAGGUGGCAUAGGUGAUUUUUUUACAAGUCCCAAUUGUGACUAACGACAUUUGAGGCCAGUAAUGCUUGAUUGGCUGCGGUUUGGGAUAUUAAGUAGUGGGAGAGUUGUUGAAGUGAUAUUUGUUUCCAUUUGUCUUGCCACCACUUUGUGAGACAAUGACCUCGAGGGAGCGAGGCAGAGAGAGAGACAUCGGGCUAACCACAAGCUUGAGAGGGGGCCAUUGACCCUUUGUCCUAAGGGACUUGGCGGUAGCUUCACGGCAGAGAUGUGUGAUAAUGAUAGUGGUGAUAAUAAACAGCGGAGGUGUUCUUGUAGGCGGAGCGAAGGGGUCUUAACGCGCCCCUCCAUAGGUACAUGCAACCUCGAGGGUGCUUAGGAACGCUGUUGAAACGUUGACAGUGGCUGAGGAGUUUCCUGCGUAUGAGCGAUGAUUUAUGUCCACAGAUGGUGUGUCCAAAGGCCCCUUCCCCCCACCCCCCCAAAAAUAUCAUGCUAUGGGUCUAAAUCUGGCGUCUCACUGGAAUCUGUUGAUUUAGUGGAUUGUACAUUCUCAGCACCCCUGUGCAUGAGCUGGGUGUUGUGGUGUCGGGCCCCCUGGACGCGCCCCUGCCCCCUGACCAGGCUGUGAUCCUGGCUAGGACUGGAGGUCAUCAAGUGAAGUGUUGUAAUUGUUGGUUAUUUUUAUUUUUCCUUGUUAUAAGAUCUAGUAGUUUUCAGCUGCUCCUAUUUUAACCGACCUUAAGGAGAGCUCUACUCGCUUUGUUUUGUUUCAAUUUCUUCUUAUUUGCAGUUUUUCCGCAACUGUUGAUAGAAAGGUUGGGACAAUGUUUGUGUAUGUUUGUCUUGCUGCCAAUGAAACAACCAAAGCACCAGGGCUCACAUGUAAUUUAGGUCUGAGAGAAUGGCAGAUAACAGCAGGCACACUCAAAAAUCAGUCCAACUGUGUCUUAAAACACGAGACAUAUACGUUCUACAAAUAUAGCUUGACGGUCAACAUCAUCAGAAGGAUGGACUCCGCUCACCAAAGCAACUAAAACAUCUGUUUAUUGUUAUCUUUCAUUAUUUCACAGCAACUUAUCUGCUGACGAUUCUUGUACGCAGGAGAAAACAAACCGUCACGAGACGUCCGUCAGGGUGUCUGCAUAAUGAAAGGAAACAAACAAACGUGUAGAAUCAGGCCAGCCUUGUCCUCUCAGUCACCUCCAUGAUGGCUCCCAUCCUAACAGAUGACCAUAAUACAGCUAGCUAGACGCUCGGUUGGAACCGCACCUCGCGCAGCAAAGGAAGGCCCAGUAUGGCGCUGCAAGCUCCCAUCCAGUAAAAUAAGUGGAUUAACAUGAAUCCCUGGGCCCAUUUGUUCAUUAGUCAUCUGAUCGGAUUACGGCCGAUUGGAUCAAAUCUUGAAAUGGGUGGUUCAAAAUAAAAAAAUGGAUUCUGAAAUCGGAUUAGAUCUCGUUGGUUUGAUCCCAAAAAUCAGGAUUAGCCUGAUCCCAGUGGAAUGGUGGAUUCAAGGAGGCUUUCAGGAACAAAAUAUAAUACAAUUAUAAAAAAAAAAGAAAAAAAAAAGAUAUAAUAUAAAAUUUGUAUAUUGUGGUGUAUAUAUAAAUUUAUUUAAUAUUUGAUUAAUGAAAUAGUAGACCCCAGGCUACCUAUUAAGCCUUUCUAUUCAUUAAAGAAAACAAAAUAAAUCACGCCAAUUGAAGUUAACAUCAAAGAAAAGUCAUUUGUUAUCACUUAUCAUUAAUUAUAUGAGACGAAUCAGACAAAAGUAGUUUUAUUCUACCUGUUGUUCUUUACAUAGGCAGAAGUACUACAUGGUGAUAAAUAGGCUAGUCCAAUUUAGAGCACUUGUAAUCCGGAUUUGGUAAUCCUGAAAGUUUGCAUCUGGAUCAAGGUGAUCCAAUGCAAUGUGGCUUUGUAAAACUGGCACACAAGUAAAAUGGAUUACCUGAUCCUGGAGGGCAAAAAAUGGGAUUUCCAAAUCCGGAUCAUUCUGAUCCAGAUUAUAUAUUGAACAACUGGGCCCUGGUGUUGAUCCAGUGCCCCUAUUGGGAAUUGUAAUGGAUGAAGAUGUUGAUGAGGAUACUGCGAUACUUUAUAUACACAAGUACCACUUGUACAGGAUGUCAGGGUUGGGCGAUAGGUUGCGACCCUCUGGGUUAUUGAAUAUGACUUUUCAAGUACUCUUCUCAAGUCACAAUGCUAAUGCUUUGCGACGAUUAUUACCUCUGUAGAUAUGGCUGCGUUUUCCUUCUUUUCUCUUUCUCCGAUCGAGAUACAGUGUUGGUAGGAGUAGUAGACAGGAACGUGGAUCGUUUGGUUAUCCAGCAAGUGCCACAGGAGGGGCGUCCCUCUGCACACACACAGGGUAACAGAGGGGAUUCACUUUGGGUACACACGGGAACCAAGCUGGGGGUCGAAUCGAGGGGUGGUGAUGCAGAACCGCUUUUAUUUUGAAGUUGUUUGAACAAUUUGAACAACUUGUUGAAAUUAGGGAGAGUGUUUAGGCAGCCAACCGAUAUUAUUCCCAGAGAUUCUUAAAUUCUAUCUUCGGAAAAACAACAACCACAGCUUGUUCAUGCAUGUGAGGAUAUAGUCGAACGGGAAUUAGACGCAUCUCCAAGUUAUUAUAAAAAAUUCUCCACUAAGCUGCUUCGAAACCAUCAAAUCUAACUUUACUAUUUUUCUUAUUAUACUGGAACAUUGAAAGUCUCAUGGUAAUGGGAAUCUUUUAGAAUGGUUUUUACGUAGGUUCGUAAGAUACCUGCCAUUGUAGAAAUAAUAUUCAUGACAACAAUACCUGCAAUAUGAAAGUUAAUGGUACACUAUCACCAGCAAGCUUUACAGUUUAUCAUGUUUUAUGUUUUUUUUGUAUCAUGGAUGUACAAAAAACUAUUACCAUUACAAAACCGGUCAAGAGAGCAUUUAUUCUUGAAUAAUUAGCAGAGAACAGUUGGCCAUCUCCCUCCUAAUGGCUCAAGAGUAAUUUUUCCAAAAUGGGACAGGGAUUGUAAUGAGAUCAAUUCAAUGUAGUUCUUAAAAAGGAGCGCCACGACUCGGCGCACACCAUAAUCUACCUAAAAAAAAAACUACCUCUUUUAGCUACAGAUAUUUGCUUUAGCAUUAAGCAGUUGCCUCUGUUUUUACUUUUGUAAUAUUUGUAUUCUUGUUGGUAUUUAUUGCUGUCUAAUUAAUCAUCUUUAAUGAUUACCUCAGAGAUAUCUCAUGCAGAUUGGGAGUGUCUAGCUAAUGAAGUCAUUCGGUUUUUGUUUUUAUUUUGUACAAUAUGUGUUUUUGUUCUCCUUUUUCUCUGACUAAGCAUUACCUUUUCUAUUUCAUUUCUCUUUGUCAUUUGAAUACUUUAUUUUUUACGCACAAAAACACCAGGACUUGUUUUCAUAUACAGUGCCUGCAGUCUGACCAAUGGGACAAAGGCUGGCUCACGUGAGACUACAUUUCCUCCAAAAGUAACAUUCUUCCUCGCAUGGCCCUCGCUUUCUGGCAGUUCCCGCCAAGAGUAGGUUGUUUUCAGCGGUGUAGUCAAGUGUUCCUUCUCGCCGCAGCGCGGGCAUCUAUUUUGUCCGCAACGCUUACGUUAGGGAAUGGUUUGGAGUGAAUGCAGCCCUUUAGACGGAAAAAACAAAAGACAUGGAUAAUAUAUUUUUUUGCCCUGUGACGUUGAAACAAACGUUGCGUGCAUGAGCCCGCCUAUGUACCUUUGGCAUGGUUUUCUGCUCGUUGAAUAUCCAUCAGCCUUCCUACUAUGCUCCCGCUGUCCACUAGGUGGCUCACUCACCCACACAGGACCGUAACGAAGGAGCUCGGUGGGAGGAGUUUCUAGAGAGGGUCAGGAAAUGUGUUCCAAUGCGAAAGCAGCUUUGUACUUAACAGCAUCAUUUAGUCACGGGUUGUCCACUGUACAUACUCAAGACAGUAGUCCAGAUGCGAUACAACAUACAGAAUAGGCCUACUUGGCGGUGGCAUUUAGUGGGGAAUAUAAAAUCAAACAAGAAGCUUGUUGUACAAUAUUAAUGGAACAACUACUCACUUUAAAUUGAAACAAAACAAGUAUUGUUUUGUCUGUGUUUUUUUCUUUUCUUCUUCUUUUCUUUUCUUGUUCUAUUCAUGUCAAACUGCUUCAGUUAAACACUGAAUUAAAUUUAGAUGUUUAUUGAUCGAUUAAACUAAGAAAACCGUGUGGCCACAGUUGUGCAUCCCAUAAUCUGUGUUUCCAUGGAAAACUUCUACAGCACAGGAAAGGGUUCUUACUGCGCCUUUUUGAAUGUUCACCAGCUAACCUCUGAGAUGAAUAAGAAAAUAUGAAUAAAGUUAAUACAAAAAAGGACCUUUACUGAUUUUUAAAAGAUGUUCAGGAUUGGCCCACUAUUUAAAAACAUUAGCACUCGUACCAAUUAUAUGUAAUAGUUAUUCCUUAAGAUAAAAACAUUUGAUUUGAUAUUGAAUUGUAACCCUAUCAUUCAAUCGAAAGCCUGAAACAACGAAAGCACUUAUUGAGAUGUCUGUAACAUGCAUAUUUUAAGAUGAAUAUUCUAGCCAUAAACUGCCUGUUUAAAUCAGCAUGUCAUGGCUCCAAUUAUUAAAGCAGUUAAUUCAUCUAAUCUCUAACGUUAUUGCAAUGUAUGUUUUUGUCCCAUUUCUUUAAAAAAAUAUUAUUCUUUUUCUAUUUUAAAUCGGUGUUUAUGUAAUGUUAUUUUUGUCAGAUGUUUUGCAAAUCAAAAAUAAACAACUACAUAGUAUUCAAC